ACGAGAAACUGGGGACGGGUAGGGCUGGGUAACGAGAAACGGCUUGACGGUUUGGGGUGAAAGAGCCUACACCAUCCAGUGGUGGGCGGCCUACAACCACAUCAGGCUACGCGACGCUAUCACGCUUUAGGCCAUUCGAGAGUCAGACAACGUCCAACAUGCGUGAGAACUCAAUAACGAACGCCGUCGUCAUUGGCCAGUUGCGACAUCCAAGGUUUACAUGGUCCGUGCACGAUCCAAUACCAACCUCCCAUGGUAUCAUCGUCGCCAGCCAUUGGCCUCGUUGGUUGCCUUGGUGCUGAGCCUCUUUCCUGCGCAACGAAUGCGCAGCAUCAUCCUCAACCCGGCUUAUGUCUUGUACCAUGUCUGCUCCCCGAGAUGGCGACCUCCCCGUGCUCGGAAUCAUGGAUGGAAUCGUACUUGUACAACUGGGCACUCGCUCAAUUCCUCUUCAUUACUCACUAACAACCUGGGAAAAGAACAUCGAUUCUCAUUAGCUGCGGCUUGUCCUACUCCAAUAUUGGAAGAGCCUCCCAAGACUCGUCUUCACCAUUAUCAUCUUCACACUUAUUUACUGCCAGGCCCCUACCACUUCGAUCACAGAUUCCCAUAAGGCAUCACGACUAGUGUUUCAUCUGUCAAACAAUACGCCCAAGUUGUCUCCAGCUCUUUCUCGACCCCGCAUCACCGUCUGCCCAGCCACUUGGAGUGCGUGGUUGCCUAAGCUGGCCAUCGACGUGGAAUCUAAAAGAAUUCGUCCGACG